GAAGCUGGAGGGCAUCGCCAUGGACCCGAACGGCAUCUCCAACGAAUCCGCACAGAACAAUCAUGGUGUGGCGUCUGACCAGGGCACCUUCACGUGCGAGUUGCGGAGGCUGUCUUCCGAACAGCUCGAACACACGUACGACCUGGUGAACCGCAGCUGCACCAUGGACGUGGACCAGGAGAAGAUUGAGAAGGCGGACCUGGCGACCAUCGACGGUCUCGACAUCUACCAACAGUCCGAGAAUGAUGUGUCGGAGGGCCUGUUGCAGGAGCUGGAGGGCAUCGACACCGAGGCGAUCGGCACGGAGAACUGCACCACCAUGUGCGCCGCCAUGCAGGAGGAGACGCUAAAGGAAACGAUCAAGGACGGGGACAAGGCGGGCCGAGCGACGAUCGACGGGCUCGACAUGAAACAACUGCCUGAGAAGAAGGACGGGCUCGAAG